GGUCCCUGUUUUAUUAAGGGGUGGAGCAUGAGUAAGCCUUUAGAAACAUGGUGACUUUCACUUUGAGCAACAACCACCGCCUCUCAACAUGAACUCACGCUUUUAGUAAGUUAGCCUUGUUAUAUUAGCUUAUAAUGUUCUUAGCUUUUAAACAGAGCUCAGUGACAUGUUAAGAGACAGAAGAGGAGAGCAUUACUGCUUGUUUUCGACCGUGUAAGUCAACCAAGAAGCACGGAGAUGUGGCCGUCUGUGACAUCCAUGAUUGUACCCGGCUGGGUGUUUGUUUUGCUGGCUGCUGUGUCCGCAGACUCCGGUGAUGUGCUGUAUAAGAAAGUGGGCGAUGACGUCAUCCUCAAACCAAUUCCUACAUCUGAGCCCAUCGUCAAUAUAGUGUGGAAACGUGAUGGAAACCUCGCCGCUCACUGGGAUGCACCUGACACCGAAGCUGAUGUCUACGUACGUGGCAGCCUGAACAUCUCCAGUGGAGAGUUGACAAUCACAGAACUGACAAAAGAUGACAAAGGAUCAUACAAAGCAGAAAUCAAUAACAUGAAAGCUGGUUCAACGAAUCUCAUUGUCCUCUUUCCAGUCCCUAAACCUUCCGUUAUGAAAGGCUGUGAAACAGGAGGAGCAGGCUGCGCCUUGCUCUGUAGUGGAAACACAACAGGAGCCGAACCGGUGAACUACAAGUGGAACUUUGGAGCUACAGAGAGGGAGACAAGUGUUUCAAGGGAGGGCAGCUCCAGUUUCAAAGACUUCAGCUGUGAGAUGCAGAAUCCUGUCAGUCAAGAGAGCAGUGACCCCGUCUUCAACCCGUUCUUCAAAGAAGAUAGUGGUGAAAGUGGUGAAACCUCAGGAAAUGUGAACAUUUCCACAGGAGUCACAGUCUUUAUCUGUCUGCUGUCCGCCGUGCUGCUUACCGUGCUCAUUCACAGGUGGAAAGCAGGGAUGUGGUUCUUCCAAAAAGCAUCCAUGCCAUGGGAAGCAGACUUCUGGAGGAAGGAUACAACUCCGAGAGAUGCUGCAGAAUCAAACGGCACCACCUCUCACCAAGCCAGGGAAAAAACAGACGAAGACACACCAAUGGCAUAAGCAGCCAAACCAGGACUACGAGUCAGGACUUGUCUGGUUUUAUGCCCCAUGGAGAAAGUGAAAGGAGAAACCAAUGAACAAAAAAAGGACGUACACGUCUGGAUCAGUCUGCUCUGCAGUUACACAAGAUAUAGAAUUGAAGAUCCCUCAAAACUCCCUUAUUUUGAGAGAUACAUUUUAGUGGUUUUUGAAGACAAAGCACUAAAACGAAGGCACUGAAAUAGGUUUGAUAAAUUUAAGACAUUUAAAGACUUAAAUGCUGGAUUCAUACAAAAGGGAUUCCUCUAAGUUAAACAUUUUAACAAGUUCUAAAAGACACCAAGAAGGGAAGUUUUAGUAUUAUCUUGAUAAGGCAGAGAGAAAUAAGUCAAAAUGUGAUAAAGCACUGACACAUGGAGAAGAUUUUAGACUUGAAGAUCGUGUCUGUUACGUUUUUCAAAGAGGCAUCGAGAGGCCUCACAGUUAAGACAAUACCAGGAAACUCCUAAGCAAGUCUUUCCUGUCUGUACCUGGCACCUCGGUCUCAUUAAACUCCCCCAGCAGAGGAAGACUUGUGAUUUAAAGCACGUCUGGCGUGGAUUCCUGCAGCUUGGACCGUGUGAUGAGGAACUGGGCAGAUAAUAGAGCAGAGAAAAGGGACGCCAUUGUGCGGCGUGGGCUGCCAGCUCUGCCAACAAUCAGCUCAUUGUACACGAGUUUACUGCUGAACCCUCAGAAGCAGAUUUGUGUGUUUGUAGCAAGUGUUUUAACAUUUUUAAGCUCGAACAAGGUCAAUCAGUCACUACUUUUAUGACAAAUGUUAGUUUUUGUUACUCACAUACAGUUUUUAUUCUUCUCAUAGCUUUAAAGCCUGAAUAACUAGGUUAAAAAAAACUUUGUUUUGUGGAUUUUCAACACUUCCUUGCACUUUACUUUUCACUUUUCAACAGACCUCUACUCUUAAAGAGCCCAUUCUUAACUUUGUCACGUUAAGUGAGGAGUUUUAUUGCUUUUUACACUUGUUUUAGCAGCUACAGAUGUGCCAAAGUGCCUUUUUUUUAAACAAUGUGCUCUUAUAUUUACUUUCUCCCAUUUUUGUGUUUUAUUUGAGAUGUGACCUACAGGAGGAUUUGAAGAAUGUAGAAAUAUUCAUUUAAUGUACUGUAUAUGUUUUCUGAUGGUCUCUAUCAAAUAAAAACUCACAUUAUCAAGCA